AUGUCACAAGCUCGUUUACCACCUCCUCCCCCUCCGCAAUGGGUUGUUGCACUGAAUUCCCCGAUGCCGCGCCCCUCAAAGGCCGCAUCCAGCUUCCCGGACCCGCCAGGCUUCUCAAGCAGUCGGGGAAGCAAGCAGCGUCAACAGCAGCAGCAACAAUCUACUACAAAGAAACCCGAUGAGACCGACGCGCUUAAGAUGAAGAAAGCGUGGGAGAUCGCCAUCGCCCCGUCCAAGCAGAUCCCAAUGAAUGCCAUUAUGAUGUACAUGUCCGGCAACAGUCUUCAGAUUUUCAGCAUCAUGAUGGUUCUUAUGUUGUUCAAGGGUCCUAUCCAGGGUCUGAUCAAUACCAAUGCAGCGUUCGCCAAGUACGAAACCCCGUCGACACAUUCGCGUUUGCUUGGAGUGAAGGUGGUCUACAUGUUGAUGCAGCUGAACUACGAGAUCGGAUUGGCUAGCAUGGGAGUCUGA